AUGUUAGAACCAGUUGUUAUUGAUAUACAAUCUGUGAAGGUCUCUGGUGAACGUCUGUUGAGGAGGGGUGAAGCCUUAAAUAUUGCUCGACGUCAACAUUCGUUACCUAAUCGUGAAUCAAAAUUAACUAUUAAUAAUAAACCAUAUCAUUUUCCAAUAAUUUCAACUGUACAAUCUAAUUAUGGUUCAUCAAUUGCAUCAACAACAUCAUCAUCAACACAAUCAAGUAAUGAAUAUGAUAGUAAUCUAAUAAAUAAUUCAACAAAAAGAGAAUCAACAUAUUUAACAGCUAUAUCACCUAUUGAAAAAAAUCCUUCACAAGUCACCAUAUAUGAUAAAACAAUUAAAUUAACUAUUGAACGUAUAACGUAUGAUCUUCGAAUGAUUAUUGAAGAAUAUAAACAUAAUCUUCCAGUAGCUGGUUUUCAAACAUUAAAAUCAUUUCUUCAUCAACAUCAAUUAUCAAAAAUAUUAUCAAAUGAAUCAAUUUAUUUUUUACUUUUACAAAUUCUUGAUGAAUUUUCUCAUAAUUCAACUCAUACAAUAAUAACAUUUGAUCAUUUUCUUAUUGCUAGUCAUUCAACAAUACCUAUUAUUGUAACAACAACAUCAUCAGUUAUAAAUGAAUAUGAAUCAAUUGAACAACUUAUUAAAAAUUUAGCUAAUAAAUUAUUUGAUUCAUCAUCAUUACCAAUAUUUAAUAAUCUUUCAACAUUUGAAAAUAUAUCUUAUCGUUAUUUAUCUAAUCAAAUAUUUCAACUUUCUAAUAUUGAUAUAGAUAAUAAUAUAUCAAUGCAACGUAUUAAAUUACUUAAUUUAUUUUGGAAUAAAAUACAAUCAUUACGACAUAUUCAGAUAAAUGAAGAUAAUGAACGUGUCAUUUUUGCACUUUAUUAUCUUAUGAGAUAUAUUUCUCAGUCAGAUGAUUUUAUUUAG